AUGCCUCCAAAGAAAGCACAACCACCUGCCACUCAUCUCUCUAACACCCCGCUCGCCCUCCCCGCAUUCCUCAAGAUGCUCACUUCAUCAGGCAUGUCUAUGCAGGAUAGCAUGUCCGUAGCUUCUAAAAUUUUCAAGGAGUACAACACUCCUGCGAAGCUUGCGACUCUCACAACUCCGAAGCUCACCGCCCUUAAGGUGGAUGACAAGGACCAGAGAACGAAGGUAUUGGCAGCGUUACGCAAGGCAGGGUACAAAACGAAAGAGGUAGAUGUACCACAACCUGUUCCUGAACCUGAGCUAGCGUCGUCUUCAAAACCCACUCGAAAACGGCGACGAGAUGAUGACUUGAAUGACGACCUUGCUCCCGGGCUACGAAGAAAAGGUUCAGAGUAUGCCAGCCUCGACUUUGGUGAAAUUUUAGAAGAAGAUAUCUUGACUACACGAACCGUUGUCAUCAACCGGGCUCCGGUGAUGGCCGCAUGGGCGACAAUAGUGUGUGAACGAAUAGGAUUCAAGCGAGAAGAGGCGUUGAGUAUUGGCUCAGUGUACACUGAAAUGAAUGCAACAUCGAAGGGCAUAUCAUUGGGAAUAUUUGACAAGUUAAAGGAAAAGGAGAGCACUGUGGGAUCCGCGCAACCAUUUGUGACCCUCAUGGACCGAAAACCCGUCAUGAAACUGCCCAAUGAUGAUUGGAGAGGACUCAUACGAGGAGAGGCUGUGGAGCCCGUAGCUGCAUUUGGGUACAUCCACCGUGCGAUGCGACAAACGCUGCCUUACGUCAUGGGCGCCAUGCGAUUACUUUCAUUAUCUUUCACCCCUGAGACACUCAACAAUCGGGGCUAUGGCCUGUACUGUGAAUUCCGGCCUAGCGUCGAAGGAUGGGGCAAAAGGGCAGAGAUGCGCAUAUCGGACAUCCUGGGACUGAGACCUGGGGUUAUCAGUGGGACUGCUACCGCAGCCGUCCCUGAGAAACCAGAUCCCGCAGGCGAUGGCCAGUCACCUAAAAGGAGCACCAAGGUGGAGCACGGCGGAGGUGCUGGUGAGCAGACGACCACCUCGUCGUCUCCCACGCGUUCGAUAUCGCCACCUGCGCUGGAGCAAGCAGACACGGCGGAGGCCCUUGUGCCGUCGCCGAAACGAGCGCGCCGAGGAACCCGGGAAUUCAUCAAGAGUGGCGAUGUGGAGGGGAACGCACGGGCACCGGAGGCUGCCGGCUCGACGGCUGAAGGAGGCGCGGAAGCCCCGGAACGGCUCUAG